GCUCCGUCAUCCCCCAAAAAAAAUAGUUUGUGGUCCUCCAGUGGGUUCGUUCCCCCGGAACGACAAUGCUGGGCCAUCUCGGUCGUCCAGUCGGCAAGACGAAGGCACCCGUGUCAUCAUGUACAAAAGGAAGGCCAUGGCAACUCCUCCAUCUCCCACUCGCCAGAAGGACGAUGGUGGUGCGUCCUGGAGGGCAACAAUGCGGGAGAUAAGCGAAGGAUCAGACGACGAAACGGAGAACGAUCCUAUGACUUUUGUUGGUCGCUAUCCACCGGGUAAUCAUGCCGUCAACGAUAAGGAAUGUGGGGUCGACGAGGACGACGUCGAAGAGGCAAAAUGCGAGGAGGAUUAUGAGGGCGAGGAGCGUGAAGAAUCUAUACACGACUGCGAGGACACUCAGAGCUCUCAAGUGGCAGCCGCUGAAAGCUUGAAGAAACGGAAAGGGUCGGCGUCAACCAGGACCACAAAAGCGGAGAAACAUCCACCGAAAAGAAAACAGACGCUUGAUGAAGGUGAUUCUGAAGAGGAUGCCGAAGAGGUUCCUCCAAGAGCUCCAUUGGAACAGACACAACCUUUCGCCAAAACCCAUGAUGACGCCAUCGACACAACACAAUGCUUCUUCUUGGAGUUCAAUGAAGAUGGGUUUGCGAAGAAGAAACGAGAACACACUCAAGUGGAUGACACGAAGAUAUUGCCAAUUCCUGAAGGUGACAUCUUCUUCAACCAUAGAACAUUAGACAAAACAUUGGUGCAAUCCAUAUAUGAUGUGAUCCAUGAUGCGGCCAAGGAAACCAAUAGGAAGUGGGAUAUCAUGACUUUCAUCCUGGCUCCAUUGUGCCCAAUGGACGGGUAUCAAGGUGGACAGAUCACACCGAAACAAUUCCAAGUGGAACUAGCUCAUACAUACAAUUGGUAUGUUGUUGCUGGCCAGCACAUGGUUGAGGCAAUGAACAGACUCAUUAAGGACAAGUCACCAACCGAGAAAGUGUAUGGCUUGAGGUCAUACUCUCACGUACGUGUUGUCUACUUCGACGAUGAUACAAAGAGAGGAUAUUCGUACAUCUCGACGUUCGACAACAUGAGGGAGGAGCGUUCCAUCCCGAGAUCCUUUUCGUCAUCUGUGCGGAAAAUCAGAACAUUUUGGGAUAAGCAGAAUGACAGGAUACGUCCUCCAGGCAUCGUGUCAAAAGAAGAGUGGAACGUUGAGUUCUUCAUCAGUUAUGCCGCCAUCAUGGAUAGGUACAACAAAAGCGGCCUGACUGACGAGAAAUGGAUUGAGGAACGAGACCGCAUCCCUGACGACAAAACGAGGAAGGUGCCAAGGCGUUUGGGCGGUCCAAAUGAGGAAAAUGGUGAGAACAGUACGGGACUGGAGGCAACCCAGGCCAUGUACAAGGAAGCUCUAUUCCACCUCAAGUGUUUCAUUUACGAGGCGAUCGACUGCUUGGACGAUCUGAGAGCGGAGGUUAAUCGAAUAUCCUUCAGUGCUUGUCACAUCUUUUGUGAAGUGGGGGAGAGGAUUACCACGAUUCUAUCAUUUGAAAUCGAACCGAAGGGGGUGCUCACCGACAACGCGGAGGUUGUUGUGACAAGCAGGGACUAUGCAGACUGGGCACGUAAAGACGGCAACUUCAACAACAUCGAUUGCGAUGAGGACACAUCAGACUCCGACCUCAACGUUCCAUUGCACGCGAUGCGAGGUGUGGUUGAGGGAGCACAUGCUGAUGAGCCCCAAGGAAGCACCAAUAGAGCUGUGGAGAAGAAAGGUGGAACAAAGAAGAAGUACGGAGGUGCAAAAAGGGAUGGACGAUCCACUUAGCAACGGAUAAGUUAUCGGAGAAGGAGACGACCGCGGUACAACAUUUGCAAGAGUAAAUGAAAGUGGAGAAU